CGCGUAAUCAGUUCGUGUCGGUCAGCCGAAGCGUGCGGUUCAGCAUUCCGCGACACUAGUCGACUCGGUGUACACUACCAAGUGAGAAAGUCCCCUUCCCUGUGUCUAUUUCCAGUUUGUGAGCGUGAAUGUGUGUUUGUGCAUAGAAAGAGCUCUAUUGCGGAAACAAUGUGACAAAGUGUACCCCCGGUCAACAGUACCAACACACCAGUGAAUGUUGAAGUGGAACAGUUGUCGUGCCUUAUCGUUGUGUAUAGUGCCAACUUCUUUGCCUCUGCUGAGGCGCAAAUAAAAUAUAAAAAAGCAUAACGCUGUAUAAGUUUGUUCUAGGAUUAAAGCAACAGCAGCAUCAACAGCUUGCCCCGGUAAAAUAAUGACCUAUCAUGCCGCAUCAGUAUUUCUUACACUUUGCCUCACGCUCGCCACGAUCCCGUACGACCGGUGUGUCCUUGCCAUACCGACCAACGCCGAGCCACCGAAGGAAAUAGUCUACCCCAAAUGUACCGGACCGGGUGAGCCGGGUCAGUGCCAAACGUUCGACUAUCGGUACCGGUUCGAGCAGACGAUCAACAACUGUACGCAGUUCAUCUGGGGCGGCUGCGGUGGCAAUCUGCAGAACAAUUUCGAAACGUACGAGCAGUGCAUGCAGCAGUGUGCUAAUGAAACACAGACGCCCCAACCGCCCGUCCCGCUAACGACCACGGUCGAUCCGUCCUCGACGAGCGUCCGCACCCAGACGCAGGAGGCAUGGUCGCUGCACUCGUCCAGCAGCACGCUCGCCCCCGUGCCGGACGAGCUCCGGGGGUCCGAGCUGACGUUCAAGGAGACGGGCUACGAGAAAACGUUCAUGUUUGCCAAAAACAACACCUUCAUCCAGAUGGACGGUGAAACCAUCCAGACGUUUCAGCUCAGGCUGUGCCGGGAGAUCUCGUUCCAGUUUCGGACGCGGCUGCCGCACGGGCUGCUCGUGUAUCACAACGUCAAGACGCCCGCCGGUGUAAAGCUCGAUCCGUACGCGCUGUACGUGAUCGUGGAGAAGGGCCAGCUGAAGGUGGUGCACGUGUUCGGGAACCACUCGACCAGCGUCACGGUCGGCGAAGGGCUCAACCGGGACGAGUGGCACAGUGUCAUGGUACGCAUCGAUGUGCACGGCGCUCGACUGAUAGCUCGCGUCGACAACAACAAGGAGGAGGUGUACCUAAAGGGAUUAAAUCACGAAACCAAUUACGGCGUAUCCAUCAACCUGAUGUCGGUCGUGCUCGUCGGUGGACUCAGCUCGGAAGAGAAGCUGCACGGUGUGAAGUACAUAAUUGAGUCGUUUGUCGGCUGCAUCCGGAACGUGGUGCUCAGCUCGGGCAAGGCCGCCUCGGACCUGCUCCCGAUAACGCCCCUGAUCGCGACCAAGCACGAGAACGUCAAGGAGGGCUGCCGGAACAAGUGCCACUCGCGGCAGAAUCUCUGCUUUACCGGGUCGCGCUGCAUCAAUCACUACUACGACAUCUCGUGCGAUUGCUUCGGCACCAAGUACGAGGGUGAACACUGCGACAUCUACACCGCAACUGUAUUAACGCUGCGAGGUUCGAGCUACGUGUCCUACCGCAUCUACGACUGGAAGGAUCGGGUGCACUCGCCCAUCACCCGCAUCAGCAUGAUGUUCAAGACAAACUACGACGAUUCGGCCCUGUUCUACGCGAGUGGCGAAUCGCUGAAGCCACAGUACAUUGCUGCCUCCAUCAAGAACCACUCCGCCUACAUUGAGAUGGACUUUGGCGAUGGGGUUAUGAGCGCAACGCUCGGCCAAGACCUAACCCGGCACUACUGGCACAAUCUCACCAUACUGCACGAACACGACAAGGUGAUCGCCAUCCUGGACGAUCACGUGCGCAUCCUGGACCUGCUCGGACCGAUCCACAAUCUGCUGUUCGAUCCGGAAAUCUACUUCGGCGGCGGUCCGAACCUGAGCAAGCGGAAGGGCCUUGCCUCGAGCAACAACUUUGUCGGCUCGCUCAAGUACGUCUUCUACAACGACGUGUCGGUGCUGUUCGAGCUGAAGAAGGGCAACCCGAAGGUGCACUAUAUCGGCGUGCUGCAGGAGGAGUUCUACGAGGCGAACGUGGAGGUGAUACCGAUCACCUUCUCGUACGCCAAAUCCCACAUCUGGUGGCCGAUGAACAAUCCCGACACGCUGUCGCUCAAGUUCGACUUCAAGAGCAGCAAAGCGACCGCCGUCCUCGCGUACAGCGAGGUGAAGACGAGCGAAGGGAACGGAUUUUGGGAGCUCCGUUUAGCCACCGACCGGCUCAGCUUCGAUCUCUGCCCGGACGUGAAAAGCAACAUCACCCACACGACGUACAUUCGCAUCGAAAACCCAACCUCCUGGCACUCGAUUCAGCUGACGUACGAGCGGAACGACAUCAAGUUCGUCGUAGACUAUCGCCAUUCGGUCACACAGAUGUACGGACUUUCCUUCAACAUUGGCGAUAAGCUCAUCAUCGGCAGCAGCUUGAAAGCGGCAGCAUCCGGUCUGGUCGGCUGUUUGCGGGAUCUCAAAAUCAAUGGUGUUGAAAUUGAGCCACGCUAUCUGGUGAAAAGCGAGCGGGUGGUGGGCGAUGUUUCGCUCGACAACUGCAAGUACGUGGAUCCGUGCAAGAAGCCCAACACCUGCGAGCAUGGUGGCAAGUGUGCGGUAAAGGAUGACGGUAUCAUCUGUGACUGCAAGGACACGGGCUACAUUGGCAAGAACUGCCAUUUUACCAAGUUCCGCAAGACUUGUGAGGAGUUGGCGUUGCUCGGGUACUCCAAGUCGGACGUGUACUCGAUUGACAUUGACGGGAAUGGGGUGUUUCCGCCGGCGAGGGUCAAGUGUGACUUUCAGAGUUUGGCAAACGCGACCAAAACGAUCGUGGAGCACAACUUGCCGUCGCAGGUCGAUGUGCGGUCGGCGACGGAUGAGGACUUUAGCUUUAACAUACAGUACCGGGAGUUUAGUGCGGAGAUGCUGCAGGAGCUGAUCUCGCAUUCGCUGUACUGCACGCAGUACAUUAAGUACGAUUGCAUCAAGGCACCGCUGGAGCUGCAUUCGUCCACGUGGUUUAAGUCGUCCAGCAAUAACAACACGGUGGAUUCGCUUGGAGAGGUUAAAAGAGGUACAUGCCCGUGUGCGAUAGGGAAGAAUUGUGAGGAUUUGAACCAUUCCUGCAACUGCGAUGCCAAUCUCAACCGCUGGCUGUCGGACGAAGGAUACUACAAGGAGCCACCGAAUCUCGGCAUCACGCAGAUGUACUUCCUGCAGCAGAAAAACCUUGACGAGGAGUCACAAGGUCGGGUCACACUCGGACCACUGGAAUGUGUGGAAACAAAUACCCAAAAGUAUGUCGUCACAUUCACCACCUCUCAGUCGUACAUUGAGGUGCCCGGAUGGCGCAAGGGUGACAUUGCGUUCUCUUUCCGCACGACCGGCGAAAAGGCUAUUCUGCUGUUCCAGCCACCGAUUCGGUCCAACUAUCCAUCGUUUAUGGUGGCGUUGACCGGUGACUACCAGCUGACGUUUAACUUUACGCUCAACACUGGCACACCGAAGACGCUGGUGAUCGACACAAACCGGAAGCUGAACGGAGGGGAGUGGCACAAGAUCUGGAUCGAUUACAACGAGCAUCAUGUGCGGUUUAUGAUCAACACCGACACGCGCAUGGUAGAUCUGCAGCCGGAGGAAGAGUUUGGACCGUUCGAGGGCAGCAUGUUUAUUGGAGGAGCUCCAACGGAAAUCUCGAAGAAGUACACCGUUAAGCAAGGUCUCAUCGGUUGCUUCCGCGGGCUGGUCGUGAACGGAGAGAUCCUCGACAUCUACAGCUUCAUGUCGGUACAUCUGUCGGAAAUCAUUAAAGACUGUAAGCCGUCCUGUGUGCCGAAUCCUUGCAAGAACGGUGCCUACUGCCGAGAGCUGUGGAGUACGUUCGAGUGCGUCUGCCAGAACCGGUGGGCUCAUCUGGGACAGCACUGUGAGACAAACAUCAACGAAGAUGCGCUAACGUUCAUCAGUCGUGAAUCUUAUCUGAAGCGUAACUACCUGUCCGAUCCGGAGGAUAUGCGCGAUGAACGGGAAAAGCUGCGCGCCAUCCUGAACUCCUCCCUGCUGGUAAAUCUGCGCACGUACGAUAGGCAUGCGUUCGUACUGUACGCAAACGAUCACUAUAACAACUUCAUCCACCUGUACCUGACCGACCAAAGUGAGAUGGUGUAUCUGUACAACUAUGGCAGCGAUAUCGUGAACCUAACGAUCGAGCACAGCGAGCUAAACAAUGCGCGAAGCAUUCAGGUUGCGGUAAUACGCACGGAAACCAACACCACGCUGUACGUGAACGAGAAGAACGUGACGGUGGAGCGUGGCUUUCUCCUGCUCGACGAGUACUCCAACAAACCGUGGACCAAUCCGGAGCUUGAGGUACUGUCUCCACAUCGUCCGCCGGCACCACCGACCGAAUACUUCCAGUUCAACAUCGGUGGCUACGAUCCGGCCAACCUGCUGCGCCCCAAUCAAGACACAACGGAGCUGGAAGGGUACAUCGGUUGCAUUCGAGGACUUAAAAUUGGAGAGAAUCUUAUCUCGCUGCGUGAAAUGGCCACCCAGAAUAAUGCACACGUAACCGACGGUGUGCUGAACGGCUGCCAGAUGAAGUGUGACGCGGAGCCGUGCAAAAACGGGGGCAUCUGUACGGAGAACUUUGUGCGGCAGGAGAGCACCUGCAACUGCGAGCACACCAGCUUCCUCGGCGAGUUCUGCUCGGAGGAGAAGGGGGCCAGCUUUAGCGGGGAGGCGACGCUCCUACGCCGCCUAGCGCUGGCCGACACCGUCGGCUCGGUCCGGCUGCAGCUCGCCUUCUCGAGCAACGAUAUGCGGCGGGCGAACCGGGUGAUGCUGUUGCUGCAGUCGCGGAACGACCGCAGCUACUACCUGAUGGUGGCCAUCACCGCGGAAAACCAUCUGUACAUCGAGGAGGACCGGGAGGGCGCCACGUACGCGGCCCGCAUCGAGGGCAACUUUAUGGACGAUGCGCGCCACUCGGUGUACUACACGCGGCACGGCGACGAAGCGUCGCUGCUCGUCGACCGGGCGCAGAUACCGAUACGGGCGGUGGCGAACAAACCGCUCGUGCCGGUGCCGGACCCGGGUGCCAAUCACGUCCAGAUCGGGGGCGUUAAUACGACCGAUCCGCGCUUUGCCGUGUACAAAAGCUACGACGGCUGCCUGUCGAAUAUCUUCAUCCAGGUCAAUAAUGAAACGAUGAAACCGCUGGAGGAGUACAUGCUGUUCACGAAGAGCGAGGCGGAAACCAUUACCGUGAUCAACUCGCAGGGCGUACGGUCGGCCCAGUGCAAGCAGUUCGAUGUCAUCCAGAAGCUGACGCCCUUCAACGAGCCGGCACUCAACAUGACUUCGGUUAUCGACAAGAACUGGGUGGUCGAUGCACCGACGCGCCUACCGUACAAAGCGGUCUACUUUGAUCCGUCGACCAAGGAGGAAAAAACGCAGGUCGUGUUCAUCACGCUCACCGCCAUCUUUGUCAUCAUCGUGGUGUGCUGCCUGAUCGAGGUGUACCGGUCGGACCGGGAGUACCGCAAGCGCAUCGAGCGCCAGACGGACGAGGACAUUAUCUGGAGCAAGGAGCAGGCGGCCAAAAUGCAGAUCGAAACGUCCACCACGAACGUGAAGGGAUUUUCGUACAAAUCGAUCCCGAGCGAUGAGAAGAAGGACAAUGGAGCGAAACCGUUGGUGGGCAUACUGAAGAAUGGCAGCGUGACGGCGGCGUCCGAAAAGCCACCACCAGUAGCCGCAGCGCCGGUGGAAAGUCCUACGCAAAGCAACGGUACGGCCGAAACUGGUGGCAUUCGUGACAGCCAACUGCUCGACCACGAGCUGCAGUGGGAAUCGCUUGCAGCGGAAGAGAACGAAGCGCUGCUAAAGUCCGCACAGCAUCCUACGGAGCAACAAUCGCGUCGCGACGGCGAAAGCAACGGGGUGGACGGUCCACGUGCGCGUAUCGCCAACGGUAAUCACCACCACCACCGCGUGACCGAUCUGGACGAUCCGUCCGACGGGCACGAGGAGGACAGCGAGCUAACCGACAACCCGGUAAAAGUAAGCUUUGCCAAAAACACCAUCAUCACCAAUUCUCACCCACCAAACGCGAGGAAAACACCGCCCAAGCUGACCCUAACGCAUCCACCCGAAUCGCUCCUGGCGGAUGGACCGGCAACACCAACGGCCACCACCACCGCUGUUGGACCGCUGCCGGUCGCCAUGAUGACAUCGACACCGCUCACCAAUGGGCUGCGGUCGCGCGGCCCACGGCAAGUGUCCUGGGGUCCGCCGCCACCGCCCGCACUGAUUAGUGCCAACCCGUUGCCGUUCAAAAUCGACGAAACGCCCGAAUCGCCGGCGUAGCUCCCUUUUUCGAUCCAUCUCUACCACUCCUCUAUUUUAUCUGUAUGUUUGUGUGUGUGUUUGUGAGUGUAUGUGUGUGUGCGUUUGUGUGAUUUAAUUUGUGCGUGUUGGGAUGUGCGCGCGGUCAUUACUGGGCAUUACUGUAUCUGUGUUGAAUGGGCUGCGCUGUGCUUGCGAACGGUACACGGCUCUCUAUGUGUAUGUUGUGUGUGUGUGUGACUGUAUACAAUGGGUGGUAGGCAACUGGGCAACGAGCUAGGACAUUCCCAAACUGUGUCUAUCUCUCCUUUUACCCUUAAGUGUCACACGUCGAUGGUCGAUUAAUGAGGUAACGCGUGCGCAAUUGUAAAGUUCUCACUGUUCUCACUGUAAAAAGGAUUUAGGCCUAUCCAACUAUUUUUUAUCCUCUCUCUCUCUAUCUCAGCCUAGCUACCUAAAACGCCAACUAGGCGACUCCUUCUGACUGCGUAAAUAAAGUAAUUUGAUAAAUCGA